AUGCAGAUCCUUAUUUGGGGUGGUCUGCUGUGUAAUGCUUUGCCGACAAUAGUGUGUCCACCUGGUACGAGAAAAGUAGACUCCACUUGUAUCCCCGAGUCCUGCGUUACAGAGUACCCCGAUGGGACGCUGGGAGAGUGUGGAGAUGCUGGGCUAUGCGUGCUCACAGCUUACGGUGCAUACGACUGCUCAUGCAUCUCUGGAUGCACUGCCAUCGACUUUGUGUGCUACUCUCAGGACUGCCUUACUGGAGGGGAUCCAUCCAACAUAUGCAGUGGGCACGGAUUCUGCAGAGCGGGACUGUGCGAAUGCGACCCACGCUACUAUGGUGUUAGCUGUGAGCACAUAAAGCCUGUGUGCGACGAGGGAACCCUCUUUGCUCAGGACGGCUGCCACCCAAGGAAUUGCGUAUCCAACGAACAGCUUUGUAGCUCAGUUGAUUCUUCCCUUGGUCGAUGCCUACUGCAACCUGUUCCUCACUGCCAUUGUAGCCCCCAAGCAGCUCUGCUAGAAUCAGAGCUGUGCUACCCUCUAACAUGCAUUCGCAACGGAAUCCCGUGUCUUAACGGUCGAUGUACCAAACAGAUAGUGGAUGACGUAGCAACCUAUUCAUGUGUCUGUGACAAAGGUUUUCAGUUAGUCGAAAAUAGAUGUGUUGCUUCCGAAUGCGUGAUUGAAGUGCGGAGUAGCCUUCUGACAGAAUGCAGUGGCAAUGGAGUUUGUACGUAUGAUGCGGGUCGCUCUGCUCAUUUCUGUGCAUGCCAUGCGCCGUAUAAAGGCAUAUACUGUGAUGCGUGUAGCGAGGCUAGUAUCUACAUGUCGUCCAGAGACCGCUGUAUUCCAAAGUCUUGCAUUUCCUAUCCAGUGAAUAGCAGCACACCUCUGGAAUGUAGUAACUAUGGGUCGUGUUUCAUGGUGUCAGGCGACUCAGACGGGCCUGAGCUUUAUGCAUGCACCUGUACCGAGGAUUUACCAAUAAAUACCGCCAGUAUGUGUUAUAGUACAGCAUGCAUAACUGAUGCAGAACUAAACGAGGUCUGUGGGAAUCAUGGGGUCUGCAUAGCCAGCGCAUGCGUAUGUGUUUCAGGGUGGACAGGGCCUUUGUGCACCGAACUAGCCCAAAAUAUCUAA